GACCGGGCGUGGCUCGGUAGGCAGCACUGGCGACUCGAGGACUCUGGCGAAGCCGCUUCUGCAGACGCAGCACUGCACUUCCUUCUGACAGGCUGCCUCAACGACAACACCUUGCUUGAAGUAUAAACGGAGCUGUUAGAAAGGUCGUACGUUGGGAAAGAAAACAACGGGAAAGAGUGUUUAGAAAUGACUGAUAAUAUAGCAAAUGAUGAGUCUGGCCUUUCAUUCACCCCUCUUGUGGUCAUUGAACUGGCUAGCAACACUGAAGAAGACGCAGUUAAAUGGCUAACAAAAAGAAUAAGCGAUAAAAAGGAGGAUGGAGGCGCUGACCUGAAAAUCACAGCACUUCCUAGGGCUAAGGAGGAUUUAAGCAAUGAGAAAAGGAAACUUUAUCUUGUGGGUGCUUCCAAGGAAAGACUGUUGCUUGGGGCAGAAGAAGUUGGACUUGUGAAGGAGUGCAAUGAUGGGCCAAUGAGAACCUUUACAUGCAGCAACAGGAACAGUUUUAAGGGCUUCGAAGAUAACAAGGAUGAUUUCCUCAGCAUGGCAGAGUGUCAAUACAUUAUUAAACAUGAGCUAGAUAGCCUGCGGGCCAAAAGUGAAACAAUGAUACCUGGAUACCCGCAAAUCAGCCUUUAUCCUGGGAAAUCAAUCCUAAGAAGACUCCAGUCAAAAGGGAUUUUGAUUCAAAUUUUCCCUCUUCAUGAUAAAGAAGAACUGAAAAAGUUGUCUGGUUCCUGGUUUGGCCAGAUUAAAUUUUCAUUCCAGCCACUUGAUGCAAUUCGCCACUACUUUGGAGAAACCAUUUCUAUUUAUUUUGGAUUCUUAGAGUACUUCACAUUUGCCUUACUGCCUAUGGCAUUUAUUGGUGUUCCUUAUUAUCUGUUUGCUUGGGAGGAUUAUGACAAGUAUGUUCUUUUUGCUACAAUCAACCUGUUGUGGUCAACGGUGAUUUUAGAAUUCUGGAAACGUCACUGUGCUACGUUGGCAUACAAGUGGGGAACUCUUGUUCGAAAGAAAGAGUUUGAAGAACCAAGACCAGGCUUCCAUGGGGUACUUGGUAAAAACCCAGUAACUGGAAGAGAUGAACCUGUUUAUUCCAGCACAAAACGACAUCUGCGGAUUUACUUGGUCUCUGUACCCUUCGUCAUUUUUUCAUUAUAUAUUUCUCUCUGUGUAAUGAUGGUCUACUUUGUCAUGGAAGAAUGGGUUUUAGAAUAUAACAAUAGCCACCAGUCCUUCUGGAGCAGUCUGUUGCUGUUUGUGCCCAGCAUCAUCUAUGCCAUUGUCAUUGAGAUCAUGAACCGUAUAUAUCGACUUGUAGCUGAAGUCCUGACUGGAUGGGAAAACCAUAGAUUGGAAUCAUCAUACCAGAACCAUUUGAUUUUGAAGGUUUUAGUGUUCAACUUUCUAAACUGCUUUGCAUCUCUGUUCUACAUAGCCUUCGUUCUGCAAAACAUGCACCUUUUAAGACAAAGUCUGGCAACUUUGCUGAUUACAUCACAAAUUAUUAAUCAAAUUGUUGAGGCCUUUCUACCUUACUGGUUGCAAAAGAGAUACAAACGACGAAUGCACAGCAAGAUGUCACAAGUAAUAAAAUACAAAGAACUGCCUUGGGUUGAAGACGUCGAGCUGGAAACCAGUAUGAGUACUUACUUUGGAACUUUUGAUGAUUACCUGGAGCUUUUUCUGCAGUUUGGCUAUGUCAGCCUUUUCUCCUGUGUCUUCCCUCUGGCAGCUUUGUUUGCAGUAUUGAAUAACUUAACAGAAUUGUACACAGAUGCCUUUAAAAUGUGCAGAGUCUUUAAAAGGCCCUUUUCUGAGCCUGCAGCCAAUAUAGGAGUAUGGCAGCUGGCUUUUGAAACAAUGAGCGUUAUUUCAGUCAUUACAAACUGCGCACUCAUCGGAAUGUCUCCCCAAGUGAAGUCGGUUUUCCAGUCUGAAACACAACUCAUUUUGAUUAUGACAGCUGUUCAGCACUCCUUGUUGGCACUUAAAUUUAUUUUAUGCUUCAUCAUCCCGGAUGUUCCUAAGGAAAUACAGACGAAAUUGGCAAGACUGGAAUUUGAAUCACUAGAAGCCCUCAAACAGCAACAAUUGAAACGGGCAAAAGAGGCCUUGAAUCUGAAGUAAGGCUGAAGAAAAAAGAAGAAACCGUUGAACCAAAGACAUGGAGUGAAGCCGGACAGGGGAUGACUUGUGCGGCCCACGCACUGUGGCGUAUGGUUUUGUCCACUUGGACAGCUUUAAAACAGAUUUUUUCAUUUGUUUUAUCAGGGAGUCCUAACAUAGGUUGUUUUUUGUUGUUUGAUUUUAUUCACUCCGUUUUCUCAUUUGCAGUGAGCACAUCCUAAGUGCAGAGGCCUCUAAUCUCCUUCACUCAGUGGCUUCACGCAACUUGUGCUGCACUUUUGUAAAUUUAGAUUCUGUUUAAACUCUGCUCUUGUCUGAAUCUGAAUCUAGAGGGUAGCUGUAGCUAACUUGGGUGUUGCUCCACUUUUACAACUUCUGUCCUGCCUGCUUGUUAAAUAAUACAGACAAUGGAAUCAUGGUGGGUGGGGUAAAUACCCAAGUCAUCGCACUUUUGGUGGCAUGUAGGACUUCAUUUUAUAAAAUGUCCAUUUGGUUAUGAUGAAUAUCCGGUAUGAUAAAAGGGCCCACCUGUCUGACGAGCUGCGCUGCUCUCAUUUACCUAAGCUGAGUUUUUGUUUUUAAUAAUAGCAAAGCUAUAAGCGCCUGAUAGCAGCAUAUAAUUUCACAUCCUGGGCAUUACAGCCAGCCUCGUUCGUUACGUCCAAUGCAAUUCCCUCUGACCCAGGGGUUAAGCAGAUAAGGAAAGAGCUGCAGCAAUGAAUACCAAGCAAAUUUCACCAGGUCAUGAAUUAUUCUUGGUCAUUAAGUAAUGGCAGUAAAACAGAAAUAGCGCACUCCUCAUAAUAAAACAGAGCUCUGCGACCGGAGGUAAACUCGGAAUCGCAGCAAAAAGGUAAUAAAAUGUAGUAUUUCAUUUUUUAUUUUAUCACUUGGAAAGAGCUGUUUUUAAAAAGAAAAAGAAACUUUUUUUUUGUAUUCAUUUUUUCCUUACUUCUACGCUGAAUGUUUGUAAGUAUUGUACAAUCCAAACAGUAUUACUUACCAAAAACAGCAUUCAACAAAUCAUUUUAUUAUCAAAAAUAGGCUCGUGCGUUAGAAUCUUCAGCAUGACCAGCCUGAACUGUGUGACAAGUGUAUGUCUGUAACCGCAUUAAGGCUGGCAUGCUAGGGGGUAACAUGCCCACCAUUAGGGUUUCCAGGUUUCCUGCCCACCCUUGUCCUUCAUACAGACGAAGCGCUUUUAUGUCAGAUUCUCAAGUCUUUGGCUGUUUUCUUCAGGGAUCUUUUUUCAAUUGUAGUUGUCUGAAUUAGGUGACGUCCUCAGAACAACAGUUGGCUUUACUAUUGUAGUUCUUUUUAAUAAAAAUAAAUCUUGUUAUAUAUAAAUGGGAAGUAAUCAUAGUACUGCAUGCAAUAUAAUGCAAACAUUGCAGAUAUCCUUUUAUUGCAUAUAACCCUUUAAAGUUUCAAUAUUUUAGCCAUCCUUUCAGGUAAAGGCGCCAGCAGGGUGAGUUCUCUCAGGCUUUCAAUUUAUGUUUCGAUUUAUGUGGGUCUUCCUCUCUUAUAGUCUCACUGAAGCCACGUUUCCCUUAAUUGUAUGGAUUUGUCCUGCUUAAUAAAUCGUGUAUUUCUCUUCA